GAUGUUUUUUUUCCUGGUUUUUCUUGUGAUAGGUAUGUCUCUUCAACCGGCUAAGACAAGAAACGCCACCGACCGCAGUCAAACAUUCCCGAAGAUCAGGGGGAACGGCUUCCUUUUUCGAACCGUCGGGGCGGACGGGAUCCACGUCAGCCUUGGAACGUCGGAACUAGGACUGCUUAUCAUCGGAUUAUCGACCAAUGCGAGAGAGAUCGCCCUCGGGCGUACAACUCAGCAAGAGCUGGAAGAUCAUGUGUGUCAGGGGCUGUUACUGGGAACUACCCAGGAGCUCCCCACCGGAGAGCCGCCAGCGGAAGAUACCACAGGAUCCGAAGGCCCCAGGUGUCUUAAGAGGUUUCGGGCGUUAAUAUAGCCACGCUCAACCACAAGCCUACGGCGGGUCUCUCGCUACGGGCUCUGUGACACAGCCAUAACUUAAGGGUCCCGAUCCCUGGCAAUAGGAUCAGAUCCGACAGACCCAGAGCCAUGGCU